AUGGCAGCAACAUUUGCUAGCUCAUCAGCUGUUAUAGGAUUGGGCAGUAGCUCACUUUCAUCCCCUUCUCGCAUCUCUUCACCCAAGAAAAUCUGCCUUAGCUCAGGAUUUGUGAAAUCUCCAAUUACAGCUAGAAACCCACUUAGGCUAGCAGGCACCAAUGGAGGAAAGUUCAUGUGCUUUGAGAGGGAUUGGCUGCGCACAGACCUGAAUGUGAUAGGGUUUGGAUUGAUAGGGUGGUUAGUACCGUCAAGCAUACCGGCAAUUGGUGGCAAGAGCUUGACUGGUCUCUUCUUUGAGAGCAUCGGUACUGAGCUCGCCCACUUCCCUACCCCUCCUGCUCUCACUUCUCAGUUUUGGUUAUGGUUGGUGACCUGGCACAUAGGGCUAUUCCUUUGCCUUACAUUUGGGCAAAUUGGCUUCAAGGGAAGGAGUGAGAAGUACUUCUAA